GUGAAAAACAUAAACAGUCCAGUGUAAGUUCAAUGUCCAUUUUAGCGCCUCAGUCCUUUGCUAAACUCUUACUUAACUUUAUAAACAUUAACACUAAGUGCCAUUUUACAUUAACUUUGGUAGAAUUUACUGAGAAAGAUGCUCUCAUCAAGAGCGACUUGAAUGAAAUCAACCAUAAAAUCUGUCUUCAUUAGAAUGAAAAUUUCAGCAUGUCACCAAUUAAUAUCUGUUGUACUCAGAGAGGGUCCCUGCAAACGGCUUACUCCUACAUUUUUUUAAUUAUCUGCAUUAUUCUUUACCGCAGACACAUUUCUCUCCUGACACCUACAUAUUUUUGGAGUUUGCAUCACUAGAUUGAUAAGCAAAUAUACUGAUGUAAAGCAUUAGUAAUCACAUGUGAUUGUCUGACACAUUAGAAAGGAUGUGAUAGCCGGAGCAGAGACCUGCCCUGACUCCUGAAUUUCCUCUUAAGUACUGAGUGACAUAAGAUUUUAUAAAGAGAGCUCGUGGAUGUGUCACUUUGUCAGAAUAAAGCAUCAGAUCAACACGAAGCUGAGACACACCACAGGAUCACCACCUUUUACAAUCAAUGAAAUUCUGGCUGACUUCAGUACUUUGUAUCCUUGAUAGAUCAUUAACUAAAGUCAACUAAAGUUUAUAGUCUCCUGAAGACAUCAGAGUGGACCAGACGCCUGCCGCUUGCAUUUGAUGUACUACAGUCAGAGCGACUGAUAGCUGGACUGGAUAACACAACAAAGGACUUAAGCGCUGAACUCUUUGGAUUUUUCUAUUUUUUUCUUGAAGGUUUGAAGGGAAAUGUUUAAUAUGAGCGUGGCUGAUUUAGAUUCCUCUAACAGGAGAGUCUAAAAUACACUGAAAAGCGUUUGCCUUGCUGCUUGUGUGCAUUUUUGUUCUUUCCGUCGGUCUAAAUGACAAUUUCAGGAUCAUUUAGAGGGAAGAAAAUCAACAAUUAGUCAUAAAACAGAAAUCCUCAGUCGACAGUUCAUAUAUAAGUGUUAGAAAAGCUGUUUAACUAACUAUGGUUGGUACAGGUGGUCCAGUGGCCACUUUCUCUGUGUGGGAUUAUGUGGUGUUUGCUGGAGUAAUUUUGGUUGCGGCUGGCAUUGGCCUCUUCCAGGCCAUCAGGAGCCGGAAGGAGACGAGCAGCGCCGAGUUCUUGUUGGGUGGAAGGCAAAUGACAGCUGUGCCAGUUGCCAUGUCGCUCACUGCCAGCUUCAUGUCUGGCAUCACAGUCAUCGGCACACCUGCCGAGGCCUACCGGUUCGGAGCUGCCUUCUGGCUCUUCGGGUUCUCCUACGCCAUCAUGUCUGCCAUCACCGCCGAGGUCUUUGUCCCGGUGUUCUACAGACUGGGAAUCACCAGUGCCUAUGAGUACCUGGAAUUGCGCUUCAGUCGGCCGAUUCGGAUAAUUGGGACAUCAAUGUACAUCGUACAGACGGUUCUCUACACUGGUUUGGUCAUCUAUGCUCCAGCUCUCGCACUAAAUCAAAUCACAGGACUGGAUCUAUGGGGAGUGCUGGUGGCUACAGGAGCAGUUUGCAUCGUCUACUGCACUUUGGGCGGCCUGAAAGCAGUAAUCUGGACAGACGUGAUGCAGAUGGUGAUCAUGCUGGCAGGCUUUGUGGCUGUUAUAGCUCGAGGAGCUGUGCUACAGGGAGGCCUGACAAACAUUUGGGAGGACUCAAGGAAAGGAGGCCGACUAGAGGCGUUUGAUUUUGACCCAGAUCCUCUGAAGCGACACACUUUCUGGACGAUUGUAAUCGGCGGCAGUGUGAUGUGGACCUCUAUCUAUUCAAUCAACCAAUCCCAGGUGCAGCGCUACAUCUCCUGCAAAACUCUGGGACAUGCCAAGAUGUCUCUGUAUGUGAACAUGGUUGGCUUGUGGCUAACUGUGAGUCUGGCUGUGUUUUCUGGCCUCACCAUGUUCUCCAUCUACAAGAACUGUGAUCCACUUUCAAACGGUGAUGUUAGCACCCCAGACCAGUUGCUGCCCUACCUUGUGAUGGAUAUUCUGGCAGUUUACCCUGGAAUACCUGGCUUGUUUGUGGCGGCUGCCUACAGUGGUACGCUAAGCACGGUGUCUUCCAGCAUUAAUGCCCUGGUUGCUGUCACUGUGGAAGACUUUAUUCUACCAGUGUUCAAAAACCUCACUGAGAAACAGGUGUACUGGAUGAAUAUGGCCUUGAGUGUAUUCUUUGGUGCCGUGUGCAUUGGGAUGGCUGGAGUUGCUUCACUGAUGGGAAGUGUCUUGCAGGCAGCUCUGUCCAUAUUUGGCAUGAUAAGCGGGCCUCUCCUUGGUCUUUACCUAUUAGGCAUGCUGUUCCGCACACCAAAUUCAAUAGGAAGCCUUAUGGGAAUGAUCAUCGGUCUAGUGUUGACUCUGUGGGUGGGGAUUGGAGCCCAGAUCUACCCACCGACAGCUGAAAAGACAAAUCCUCUCCCACUCAGCACUGUAGGGUGCAACAACACAAUGGGCGAGCACAACACAACACAAGCUCCAUGGACCACUCCAGUGACUCUGACCCCACAGCCUGAUUUCAGACCAGCUCUGGCAGACAGCUGGUACUCUCUGUCCUACGUCUACUUCGCUCUCCUGGGAACACUGACAACAAUCGUGUGCGGCCUGCUACUGAGCUCAAUCACAGGUGUCUAUUUCAUUUUAGGUGGAUGCAAGCAAGAAAAAAUUAACCCUGACCUAUUUGUGAAGAUGAGUGACCUGAUCUGCUUCAGCUGGUGUAGUAAAUCACAGGAAUCUGAUGUCACAGAGAAAGCUGCAGGAGAAUUUCACAUGGAAGUUGAAAACCCAGCGUUUGCAGACUUUGACACAAGUAAAAAUGCUGAAAUGGGCACAAAACUGUAAAGCUACUACAUUAACUCACGGUUCUUUCCAGUAAUUAUUAGUAUCUUAUAAAUGACAAGCCACAAUUGUUUUGCUGCUACAUUCCUGUGGUGCAUUUGAUUUGCAAACACAAGUUAAUUUUAUGUAUGUGCCUAUUUAUUUGAUAUGUAUCAUGCAUUUUGAAGAUGGUGCUGAAAUUGAGACACAAAAUAAUUCACAUUAGGGACAACUUGACAACUUGUAAAAUAGAGUGUCAAACUAAAACAGAACUUUACAGGGAUGUCAUUCAAAUUCCACAGCUUGCCUUGUUGUGUUGCUACUCAACUGUCGUGCUUUAACAACAGCAAAAACAACUCAUAUAUAUAUAGUAGGAAACCGUCCCCAACAUCUGGUGGUAUAGAGCUUUAAUUAGAUCAGGAUGUUUAAGCUGUAGUAGUUUUCCUCAGAACAAUGGGGUAAAAGACAUUUAAAACAACACCACAUCUUCAGCUCCACACUGAUUGAGCUGAUCCUCCCAUUUCCUGUCUAGCAGUGACGUACCAACUUUUACUGCUCUUUGUUCAAUUGUUCUCCCUGAUUGCGACUGCUGUCUCUAUAUUCUCUACCUGAACCCUGUCACGUUCAUUUUUUAAAAAAUUUCAUGCUAACACAGACAGGCACUCUGGAAUGUUUGUUGAUUUCUAUUUGUUUAUUUCCUUGUUGUUUUAUAUCGAAUUUACACACUUUUCAUGAACUACCUGUAUGAAGUAUUGACAAAUUCUACUUGUUAAUAAAUAUUUUGUACAAAGUUUUACACUACUGACUGAAAACACACAUCUGACCUUCAGUGUAUGACCUUAAAAUGUCAGUGAGAGAGAAUACAGGGCUCCAGGAAAGACAAAUUUACAGUGAAGUUAAAAAUUUGGCAAUGCAGUUUCUCUUCUACUCAGGGCUAUAAAUUUUAUUUGAGCUGAGCAAGGGAGAGGCAGGAAGACAGACAGGGCGAAAUUGAGCUUUGGUCUAGGUAAUAACCCUGCCCUUUGUCUCCUUGGCAACAUACAAUGGAGGAGGUUUACAAAGCCUUGACCUGCCCACUUUUACCUGCCACUUUGCCAGCAGAUCUAGCCCUUUAGCCAUAUCAGGUUUGUAGGAAGUGGAGAGUCAGCCAUGACAUGGAGGACGACUCACUGCCAGGGUAGUGAAAUAAGUUUUGACAGGUACUUACAAAACAAGAAUUUAAUGACCAUGGACACCAUCCUUCCUACCCUGGUUUGUUACCUUCUGGUGAUUUCUUUUGCUGUGGCGCAAACAGAAAAUGGGAAACUGCCUAGCACGACAGCAAUAAUAACAUCUGACUUAAACCUGACAAACACAACUGCACCGGUAACUCCAUCUUAUUCUACUGUACAUGAAACUGUCACAGACUUGACUGACAACACAACUCCAUCCACCAGUAUGACACAGCACAGUGACACUUUCACAACCACAGCAGCCACAAUUGAGAGCAAAAGUCCUCUCCAUACUUCUCAGUCAACAUCCAUCAUGACUCCUCUCACCAAUAGUACAUCUCUGACAUCCACAACACCUGGCACUCACACUCCAACAUUUACUGCAAUGACAACACCCGCGAUGCAGACAACAGGCGGUUACAUAAGUACACCUGAUACUACAGUAAUUACAACUGCUAAUUCAUCUCACACUGUCAACACAACCUCAGUUUCACCGGAUGGAACCACACAAGCGUUGCGAAUGAGCAGUUCAGAAAAAAACAUGACUAUUAUCUUCGGCGCUGUACUUGGAAUGUUUGCUGUGGCAUUGGUUGGGAUCAUGCUUCACAAAUGCAAACACAAAAUCCAAUAUCUGCAUCGACCUCUUACCACCAAUGACACGGAUGCAUUUGUGGCAGACGAUGACACACUCGUAAUUUCUGGAGGACUUUAUGAUGGCCAUCCGAUAUACGACAACGUACCAACAGCCUCAGAAGACCAAUCUCAAUUCCGCCUCGAGUUCCUUCAUUAAGGAGAGAGCAUUCCUACAGUUUGAGAUCACCUUUGUGCUUGACAGGCAUGGACUAAACCAAGUUUUCACAUCUACCAAUAAUUACAAUUUCAAGACUGAGAUUUCACCCCAGUGAUAUUCAAAUUCUUCACAAAAGACUAACAGCAGAGAGGAGGGGAAAAUGACACUGUGCAGUACAUUCAAAAAAGGACAAUGCUGACUGAUUUGAACAUUACUUUUACUUCUGUAACUGUCAGUACCAAGAUAAACAAA